GACCACUAUUUUAUGGUACCAAUAUUCUUCAACCGAAUACUUGUGGGUCAUAUUCGGGUCGGGUAUGUUAUUACUUGUCGGUGCGACCCAUAUCUCCCAAAACAAAAUCCAAUCGAUUUUCAACAUUCACUCGCAAAUCUUUAACAAACCCACUACAAUACAUCUGAUCUCACGCACUUAUUAUUCACACACACACAACCAAAAAGGAGAUCUAUCUAUCUACAAAGAUGACAAGAAGAUCCGGAUCAUGUUUAAGGUGUUGUCUUGUAAUAUUUGCUGUGGUUUCAGCACUCUGUGUAUCUGGGCCUGCUCUUUAUUGGAGGCUCAAAAGGGGUUUCAGUUUGAAAUCAGGAGUUUCUUGUCCUCCAUGUGUUUGUGAUUGCCCUCCACCUCUCUCACUCCUCAAGCUUGCUCCUGGCUUGGCGAAUCUUUCAGUUACAGAUUGCGGGAGAGAUGAUCCUGAUCUAAAAGAAGAAAUGGAAAAACAGUUUGUGGAUUUACUAUCGGAAGAACUGAAACUGCAAGAAACGGUUGGGGAAGAACACAUGCGCCAUAUGAACAUUACAUUCGGUGAAGCAAGAAGAGUAGCAUCCCAAUACCAAAAAGAGGCAGAAAAAUGCAACACCGCGACUGAAACAUGUGAGCAAGCAAGAGAGCAAGCCGAAGCGUUAACGAGACAAGAAAAAAAGAUAACUUUAUUAUGGGAAAAAAGAGCCAGACAACUCGGUUGGGAAGGCGAAUGAUUUUAUUACCAGAUACUUUUUUUUUUGCAUUGUUUUUGUUAUUCUUUGUUGAAUCGGGUUUCGGGUUUUGUGAUCGUUAUCGGUGUUGUACUUUGUGAAUUUAUAUAUAGCUACUUAAAGUGAUUUUGUUAGUAGGGGAGCAAAAUUUUGCCCUCAAGAGUAAUCAUAUAAGUUGAAUGAUGCUUA